AUGUUCGGGUUUUCUUGUGAAUCAAAUUUAGUUUUAUUUUCAUUUUGUCUGCGUUUCUCCAGAGAAUCAAGUGAGAUGAGGUUAGAUAAGUGUUGGUUCUGUUCAUCCACUCUAUAUCCAGGGCAUGGCACUCAAUUUGUCCGCAAUGAUGCAAAGAUUUUCCGCUUUUGUAGAUCUAAAUGCCACAAGAACUUCAAGAUGAAGAGGAAUCCUCGUAAAGUAAAAUGGACUAAAGCAUACAGAAGGUUACAUGGAAAGGAUAUGACACAGGAUUUUGCCUUUGAGUUUGAAAGGAAGCAUAAUAGGCCGGAGAGGUAUGACAGGAAUGUAACAGAAAACACUCUGAAGGCCAUUAGGACGAUCGAUAAAGUCAGAGUCACGAGGGAGAUCAAGCACAUUGAGCGCAGGAUGACAGGAAAGAAAGCCAAGGAACUCCGUGAGGCACAGAAGGAAUUGGAGCAGAAUAUCAGUCUGGUUAAAGCCCCAGCUGUUCUCAGAGAAGACCCAUCUCUCACACUUCCAAUCAAACUCAAGGUCUCCCAAAAGCAGGCGGAGGCCCACCUCAUGGAAGAAUGAGUCAAUACAUUACUCUAAGAGAUCCAUUUUGUUAUUCCUAUCAAUGGUAGAAAGUGAAGUAGUAGAAGAUACACCAGCCCUUUAUGUAUAUGGUAUGGUUUUGGAGUGUUGAAUACUAGAUAACAUAUUUUGAAGCUUGUAAUUAAAAUAUUUGAAAAGAAGCAUUUCGUUUGAUUUUACCUGAAAGGUUCAGCAGGGAUUGGCAUUGUUGUUAUUCAGUGUUGAGAAUGAAAUUCAUGGAUUCAUUGGCA